UCGAUCUUGAACAACUCGUGUCAAAUUCGAGUUAGAGCAGUUACAUCAUAUGCAUAUGCUUUGACUGAAGAAUCAGGAAUCAGUGGACAGUUCAUGUUAGUUCGAAUCAAACAAAAAGUAACAUUUACAAAUGGAUCAGAAAGAAAUUGGCAAAUUCUUUAACAACAUUAUGAAAAAUGAGAGAGACCUUACAGCAGGGAUGGCGGCCAUACGUACACUCCUGAAGGUUUUGGAGCAUUCUGAUUCGGAAACAGUUCAAGAGCUCCAAUAUUGUCUGCAAAAUGCAGUGGACACGAUGCGUUCCACAGAUCAUCCCGUCACCGGUAUUGCUUCAGGAUGCGAACUAUUUUUACGGUUCAUCACUUUGGCUACUCUGGAUACUCCGUCAUUCGCAGAUUGUAAGGGAAUAAUGAUCCAACGAGGAAAGCUUUUUUAUGAAAAAUUGUUUGCGGCCCGUGGCAAAGUUGCCAAGUUGGCUGCACAGUUCAUAAUCGAUGGCUCGCGAGUGUUAACGCAUUCCAAAUCCAGAGUUGUCUUGCAAACCAUGAGAGAAGCUGCUGCCAGCAACAAAAGAUUUGAGGUCUACGUUACAACUUCAUCCCCAGACAAUAGUGGAGAGGAAAUGUGUAGAGAUUUGACCAGCCUAGAGGUACCGUGCACAUUGAUACUUGAUUCGGCAAUGGGUUACGUGAUGGAGCAAGUUGACAUGGUAAUGGUUGGAGCUGAAGGAGUGGCGGAAAGCGGCGGGAUAAUUAACAAGGUAGGAACAUAUACAAUGGCAAUGUCUGCUCAGGAAGUCAAGAAGCCCUUUUACGCAUUAACCGAGAGCUAUAAAUUCUCCAGAAUUUAUCCCUUGAAUCAGGUCGAUCUUCCCAAUGAGUUCAAGUAUACCGCGAGUACGCUAAAAAAGGACCUUCAAAGGGAGCAUCCUCUGGUUGAUUAUACACCUCCUUCUUACAUAACUCUCUUGUUUACCGAUCUCGGUAUACUCACUCCAUCUGCCGUGAGUGAUGAACUCAUUAAACUAUAUUUAUAACAGAAAAAAA